AUGGUCUGGACUAGUGGAUGGAUGAGACUUUUUAAAAUGGCAACUGAAAUAACUGGUCUAGAGAACAUUAUAGAUAGUAUAAGUAAAAAUAUAAAAAAGGUUUUUCAAAAUGGUGUUAAACCCAAAGACAAGCAAGAGGCAUAUAUAAUUAGACUUAAAUUGACAUUGGAUAAAUUAGCAUGA